GCCGCCUGGCUGCCGUGACGAUGCCGAGUGCGCGGCCGCCGCCACCACCGCAGUGCUCCGGGGGCGAGGACGCGUCGAGGACGGAUGGACGCUACUUCCGGUGGUGAGAGCGUCGUCGUUCCGGAUUCCUUUUUUUCUUCCUCUUUGACGUCCUGCCUCCGCGGUGCUGAUGCGGGAUGCUGACGAUGCUCUAAACUGACGUCAUUCGACGGGCCGACACCGGGUCAAAGUCCAGAGCUACUAUUUGUGUGAAACUCCACUGACAGGAUGAUCGAGGAGGGCAGCAAGCGAGGGAAGGCGGUGGUGGAGAAGAGGCAGCUCUUCAUGGAGAUGAGAGCUCAGAACUUUGACGUGAUCAGACUGUCCACCUACAGGACCGCCUGCAAACUGCGCUUUGUGCAUAAGCGAUGCAACCUGCACCUGGUGGACGUGUGGAACAUGAUCGAGGCCUUCCGGGACAACGGCCUCAACACGCUGGAUCACGGCGCCGAGAUCAACGUGUCGCGCCUGGAGACCAUCCUGUCCUCCAUCUACUACCAGCUCAACAAGCGGCUGCCCACCACCCACCAGAUCAACGUGGAGCAGUCCAUCGGCCUGCUGCUCAACUUCAUGGUGGCCACCUACGACAGCGAAAGCCACGGCAAGCUGACGGUCUUCUCCAUGAAAGCCAUGCUGUCCACGAUGUGCGGCGGCAAGAUCGUGGACAAGCUGCGCUAUAUUUUCUCGCAGAUCUCCGACUCGAGCGGCGUGAUGGUGUUCGCCAAGUUCGACCAGUUCCUCCGCGAGGUGCUCAAGCUCCCCACCGCCGUCUUCGAGGGGCCCUCCUUUGGCUACACCGAGCACUCGCUGAGGACCUGCUUCCCCCAGCAGAAGAAGAUCGUGCUGAACACUUUUUUGGACGUGUUGAUGGCGGACCCCCCACCUCAAUGCCUCGUCUGGCUGCCGCUGAUGCACCGACUCGCCAACGUCGAAAAUGUCUUCCAUCCGGUGGAAUGUUCCUAUUGCCGGAGCGAGAGCAUGAUGGGUUUCCGCUACAGGUGCCAACAGUGCCACGGCUACCAGCUGUGCCAGAGCUGCUUCUGGCGGGGCCACGCCAACGGUCCCCAUAGCAACCAGCACCAGAUGAAGGAGCACUCGUCCUGGAAGUCUCCCGCCAAAAAGCUGAGCCACGCCAUCAGUAAAUCUCUGGGCUGCGUCCCCAUCGGAGAGCCCCCCCACCCCGUGUUCCCCGAGCAGGCCGAGAGACCCCAAGACCCCCCCCACACCGUCGUCCUGGAGAGUCCCAGCCGGCUGGACGAGGAGCAUCGCCUGAUCGCCCGCUACGCCGCGCGCCUGGCGGCCGAGGCGGGAAACUCCACGCAACAAUGUCCUCCCUCCGACUUGGGCUUCAACUUUGAUGCCAACAAGCAGCAGAGGCAGCUGAUUGCAGAGCUGGAGAACAAAAACAGGGAGAUCCUGCAGGAGAUCCAGAGGCUGCGCCUGGAGCACGAGCAGGCCUCCCAGCCCACGCCCGAGAAGGCCCAGCAGAACCCCACGCUGCUGACCGAGCUAAGGCUGCUGAGACACAGAAAGGACGAGCUGGAGCGUCGCAUGUCGGCCUUGCAGGAGAGCCGGCGGGAGCUGAUGGUGCAGUUGGAAGGACUCAUGAGGCUGCUGAAGGACGAGGAACAGAAGCAGGGAUCCCAGUCCGGAGGCUCCCCCCACUCGUCCCCCAGUCACGGGGCGGGCUGCUCCAUGCCCAUGCCUAUACGCUCCACCUCGGCGGGCUCCACCCCCACCCACACGCCUCAGGACUGCCUGGCGGGCGUGGGAGGCGACGUGCUGGAGGCCUUUGCUCAGGGUGUACCUCGGAAUCUGCGCAACGACCUCCUGGUUGCUGCCGACUCCAUCACCAACACCAUGUCGUCGCUGGUGAAAGAACUGCACUCAGUGGACGACGUCAUGGACGAGGAGGAGACCAACAUGAGGAACGGCGGAGAGAGAGGCACCAUGCGAGUACACAAGCAGUGAGCGGCGGAGACAAGUCCAUCCUUGCAGGUCAUCCGACAGGAACGAUCCGUAACAACAACAACAACAACAACACCCGCACCAUUAGCACGUAGACUUAUGCAUGCUGUAAUCUCAGCUAAAUGGUAAACAAUGUUGCGGCAAGCAGCAGGCGUAAUUUAGCCGCCGCGGCGCCUCAUCGUGUACAUAGAACACCGCCGUCACGUGACCACGCCCACAACAGCGCUUGGCUCCGGUCACAAGAUUAGCCCCGCCCCCCCCCCCCACAUCUUUGCAUGACGCUCACGUGUGGCCAUCACUACUGUACACUUGCUAGGCAGCACUUUAUCAACACGUGUUUACAAUAUUAUACGUAGCAUUAGCAUAUGCUACCUUCGCCAAAUGUACGGACUUUAUUUUAGGCCUUUAGAAAUGUAAAAAAAAACCCAACAAAAACAAAAAUGCUGCUUUUUAAUGGUUCUCUCUGCAACGGAACACAGAGAAUGACUUAGCUUAGCAUUAGCGACAAGUACGGCGCCAGGAAUGCUGGUCUCAAACAAGCUAGCAUUGCUGCAACGACGCUAAGGCGUUAUCGUGCUAAAGGCUAGCUCCGCCCCUCGGAAAAAAAAACGUUAUCACCUAAAUGGCUCGUGACGAGGGUCGCUCAGGAAAACACUGCCCCCUAGCGUUUUUGGCAGUGAACUGCAAGCCACACGCUCGGUCCUCGCGCGGCGACGACGCUGUAGCAUAACUCAGCCUUAGCGCCCGACAAAACUCCAUGCGAGGGCGUUAGCAUCGCAACAACGCGAGCACACAGUAGUACCUGUACUACGGUGUCAAAUGACUGCCCGAACUCCACAAACGUGUCCAACGAUUUGCCAGCAAACAAAAUUAUUUGCAAGUAAAAAAUUAUUUUUUUGCAAGUAAGCAAAACUUCAUGCUAGGACGUUAGCAUCGCAACAACGCGAGUACGCAGUAGUACCUGUACUAAAAAAUGCUUUUUUUUUUUUUCAAGUAAACAAAAUGAUUUGCAAGUUAAAAACGAUUUUUUUGCAAGUAAACAAAAUGAUCUGCAAGUAAAAAAAACUAUUAUUUGCAAAUAAACAAAAUUAUUUGCAAGUAAACAAAAUGAUUU